AUGCAGGAAAGGGAGAAGGGGGAAGGAGAGGAAGGCGGCGUGGUGGGUGUAUCACCGCCACCGCCACCGCCGCUAUUGAAAGAGAGAUCCGCGAGAAGAGGAGGAAGAAGACCACACCUAACCACGUUCAGUCCGCCGACGCGCCGCCACUGCACAGCGUUGCCGCCAUACCUUUGUUACUAUCGAACGCCGUCAAGCACGAAGGGAGCCAGACACCGCUUCUCUGAAUCCUCUAUUGGGACCGCCGUUCUUACCACCGCUGAUGAAGCCCAUCGGAGUUGCUCGAAGGUUAUUGCCACUCUAUUUGGUUCUAUUGGAAGAUGCACUGUUGCGGGCGUGGUUGCCGAAAACUGCCGCCAGAACCGGUGCCUUCUUGGGAUUGUUUAUCGCGAGUUGCUCUGUUGUAUGUCGCCGUCGGAGCCACCAUUCCACUGCUGUCGUCUUUGCUCGGAGCAGUUUGUUGUAGCAAGUAUUGUUGUCGUUGCGGCUGCUCGGUUAGUCGCUCUUCUUUAG